AUGCCCUCACCACGCCAACGCCCCCGUCGCGCUCCGCGCUCACGCAACCCACUUCCAGACUCACAACCCGCAAACAACCACCCUCCAAUCCCCGGCUCAUAUAUCCACGACUUCGACUUCGCAUCCGCGCCCCUCCACAGGCCUUUCAGAAAUGGUGAAAUAAUAGACCUCACAGACUCAUCAUCAAAUCUCAACUCUCCACCAGACCUCUCAAAUCUCUUAACCUCAACCUCGCAUCUCAUAACGCAAACCGCAACUCUGGCAGCCACAUACGGUCUCCAAAAGCUAAAUGAACAAAACCUCCCCUCUCACGUCUCAGAUUUCAUCCUCGCAUCGACACAGCGAGCCGCAAAUGUGGACUGGUUACGAGUUUCCCAAGACGUGCUCGCAUGGGUACAAACGCAUCCUCAGGAGGCGAAAGUCGCGGGAUAUGUAGUCGCGGGUGGUGCUGUGUUUUUCAAGCCCAGAUUAUUACCAAAGUUAGCGUGGGAAGCGUGGAAAAUUAAGAGUGGUGGAUUGGGAGCUCGUGAGUUUUCAUAUCUUGUGAGAUUGAGGGUUGGGUCAGCUGACGAUGCAGUGGUGAAUCCGUUUUCGGGGUUGACUGCGGGAGUGGGCCUCGCGACUUCUGCUGCUGCUGCUGUAAUUGCGGGGAUUGGUGGAGGUGUGGAAGAUGAAGGAGAAGGGGAGGACGAGAGUGAUUUUGCGGUCUUGACGAGGACGGCGUGGAAGUUGGCUAUGAGGAAGGUUAAGAGGGCUAAGCGGAGGCCCGCUGGGAAUAGGAGGAGACCUUGA